GGGAGCGGCGGGGAUGGCGAGUCGCGCAGCGCGGGUGGUGACGAGAGCAGCGGCUCCGCCAUUGGGCGAGGAGGCCUGAGGGACAGGCCGGCUUGGCGCACAAGGAGAGACCGAGGCGGGUAGCCCCGAGAGAGUGAGGGCCAUGGAGGCCAACGUGCCGAAGCGGAAGGAGCCUAGCAAGGCUCUCCGCAUCAAAGUCAUCUCCAUGGGCAACGCUGAAGUGGGGAAAAGCUGUAUAAUAAAACGCUACUGUGAGAAAAGAUUUGUGUCCAAAUACCUUGCAACGAUUGGAAUUGACUAUGGAGUCACAAAGGUACAAGUCAGAGACAGAGAAAUCAAAGUUAACAUCUUUGAUAUGGCCGGACAUCCCUUCUUCUAUGAGGUCCGCAAUGAGUUUUACAAGGACACACAGGGCGUGAUUCUGGUCUAUGACGUGGGGCAGAAAGAGUCCUUUGACGCCCUGGACACGUGGCUGGCAGAAAUGAAACAGGAGCUUGGGCCUCAUGGAAACGUGGACAACAUUGUCUUUGUGGUGUGCGCCAACAAGAUCGACUGCACCAAGCACCGCUGUGUAGAUGAAAGUGAAGGGCGGCUCUGGGCUGAGAGCAGAGGGUUCCUCUACUUUGAGACCUCAGCCCAAACCGGAGAAGGAAUCAAUGAGAUGUUCCAGGCCUUUUAUGUAUCCAUAGUCGAUUUGUGUGAAAAUGGCGGGAAACGUCCUCCCACAAACAGCAGCACUAGCUUCACCAAAGAACAAGCAGAUACCAUUCGUAGAAUUCGAAAUAGCAAAGACAGCUGGGACAUGCUGGGCGUGAAACCUGGGGCCUCAAGGGAGGAAGUCAAUAAAGCCUAUCGGAAGCUCGCUGUGCUUCUCCACCCUGACAAGUGCAUGGCACCAGGCAGCGAAGAUGCCUUCAAAGCUGUUGUGAAUGCCCGGACAGCCCUGCUGAAAAGCAUCAAGUAGGAGACCAGGAGACAGCAAGCCAGGACACAGGCACGUGCACACCCCUCCUCUGGAGGCGAAGGAACCAAGGUGGAAUUUUCUUCACAAAGUCUCACUGUUCUGUUCACUCAUGUGCUGUCAUGUAUAAAUCAGAGACCUGGGGCCUGUUAGCACCUUACAGGCAUUUGACAGCGAGAUGACCUGCAUCUGUAGGAGGUGAAGAAACCAUGUGUGCCAUACCCCAUUUCCCAUUGUCAGAUAAUCCCCAAGCUCGGUAGUGGCAGUAUCCCUGGUGCUUCUCUUGGGAAGGGACACAGGGUUCCUAGAGGGAAGAACACAAGAGCAAGACCCAUUUCCCCCCCUUCUUUUUCUUUUUAAAUUUAUCAUUAGAGAAAAAAACAAAAAUGGGAGAGAAAUAACAAGCUAACAGAUAACAUCCAAACCCAUGAGAGCCUGAUGUGACCUUCCCUGUCGCUCCUUGAACUGAGAGUUUUGGUGGUCCUUUGUAAAACAUCAGUCUGACUGAACUCUGGGCAGCCAGAGGACUUGGGGAGUGAAGGACACAGUCCCGAACUGAACAGCCCUUCUGUGACAUUCACUCUCCUGCCUUACCCAUCCACCAGGGGGAGAGAUGAGCCAGUCCUCAGAGAGAGUUCCAGUGCUGCUGCUCUUUCUGCCCCUCCUGUGCCUGUGAGGCCUUUCUCUUGCCACAGAGGUUCAACAGAAGAGGGUAUGACAUACCUGGGAGUGAGGAUCAGUCCCCACGCCCCCACUCCAUCCACCGCCUACACCCUGCUCAGAGUCCUGGAGGCGAUACCCCCACAGGCCCAGAUCUAGGCUGGCCUUGCAGGGCAGUUGGGGGACCUACGAGAGUGACAGAGAGUUCCUCAUCAUUUCCCAGAGGCAAGAGGCAGAGCCAGGGUCCUCCUGAGCAAGCCUGGCCUCUUCCUCUCCUCACCAACCUUAUUCAGUUUCUCUCUCCUUCCUUACCUUACCCUCUUCCCUCUUUUUUUUUUUUAGGUACUCCACAUCUGCCAUCAGGUCUUUUUCUCCUUGAAUUACUAGCUUCCAGCCACAGCUCCCCUCUGUUCCCUCCAGACUUUGACAUGGGCCCAGUUGACCAGAGAGUGGUCAACUUUGUAAAGCACGCAUGGGGACUACUCUCUGUAAUUUCUGCUUGGGCUCCACAUUUCUAAAUAGUCAUAUUUUUUAACUACAGGUUAUAAAAACUAAUUUCACAUAGAAGAAUAUAUUCUUGUGCCACAUUUUCCUCCUCAGGAUACAGGGAUGAAUGAGGAUCAAGUAAUAGGGCUGACACUUCCUACCAUGUUCGCAGAGCUGUCUCUUACAUGAUUCAUUACAUCCUCAUUUUCUUUGUGUUACUCAUAAUUUUAGCUGCAACCACUUGUACUAACUGGAGAUUUGAAGUAUGUAAGAUGUUGCUAUUCUGUGAACUUUAAACAGCUGUUCUCUAUUGGUUGCCAAGUAGCAUGUACUGUAUUACCUAAGAAGAAAGUCACUUUCUUAUAUUCCAAGCCACUGCAGUUUGGUG